AUGUCAACACACAUAUACACUCCAUCCAGGAUCUUGGAUAGAAGAAGACGACGCAACAACAUACGCAAGGAUCUACACUGCCGCCCUCAAGACCAAUUCACCUGGGACCCAGGCACCCCGUCCUCAUCCAAAUCCUCAAUCUCAGCCUCAGAAAGCAAAGACAGCGUCAGUGACUACCUCGCACUCCAUCAACCCUCACGCCUCCAGCAGCAAAGAAACACCAUGAGUCUCACCCACUACAGCCCCACAGACGAUGACGAAGACUACACAUCCAGCGACAACGACCACCUCUUCAUGAAAGACUCUCCACGGCGUCAAAGCAGCAAUGGCAGUCCUCCUCGCAGUGACCCCAAUGGCAAUACUAUACCUCACUCACGCUCUAGGACGUCAAGUCGCUCAACACCCAUCUGUAUAUGUCGCAAUCCUUCAGCCAUCGCAUCCGCUGCAUCCUCCGCCGCAGCUUUCUCACCGGUGGAACCAGCAAUCUGGAGUGAAUUGCGCAGACUCUUCCACCACGCAGACCCACGCAAACACUUUGAUAUCCUUCGCUGCAGCACGCCAGCAACCGACGAGCACGGCAAUGGAUUUGUGCUGAUUGAGGCGAGGGUGCAAGCGAAAGAUGGGGGUAUGGUUGCUAAAGGGGAGGCUUGUACGGAUACUGUGUUGGCGUUGAGGAGUUUGAGGAAUGCGUUGAUGGAGACCAAGGGGGAGAGAUGCUUGCCUGUUGGUGAGGGAGAGGAGAUCAUUGCGGGGAGGAUUGGGGUGUUUGAGAAGGUUUGCUCGGCUUGUGGGUUGCCUCGUUUUUGA